UUGUCCCGGGAGCUGGCGGUUGGCUGCGCCCGAUGUGGGCCGGCCGAGAACCGAGGAGGGUCCCGGGAUCUGCCGGCCCACCACCUCCUCGGGAGGCAGUGCCUGCCCGCCGCCGCUAGUGAACCGCAGUGCGAGCGGCGAACGGACCAUGUACACCAUCAGCCGGGGCCCCAGUCGGCUGGCCACUCAGCGGAGGACGGGACCAUCCCAGCAGAUCGAAGCCAAGCCCGGCUGCGACCUGAAGCAGAAGCCGGUGGGGAGUGGCCCAGCGCCCAAGCUGGUGUUUAACCGAGUGAACGGGAAACGUUACCCGACACCGUGCACUGCGGAGCGCAGAGAGGAGGAACACACCCCAGCACACGAGGAGAACGUGCGGUUUGUCUAUGAAGCCUGGCAGCAGGUGGAAGAACAGCUCGGGGCCAGCCGGCGGCCGGACAACAGCCAGAGUCCCCGUGGAACGGUGGAGUACGUGGAGAAGACACCCAGCCAAAACUUGAAUAUAGACUUUGUCCCCAUCGACCUGGAGGAAUGGUGGGCGAAACAGUUCCUGGCCAACAUUCAGAACUCGUCUUAGAGCCGCUGGACUGGUCCAAUCUGCCGGGAGGAUGUCAGCAGUCAGCAACAAGUGGAUUUCUUCAGAUCUCUCCCUCCUCUUGCUGUGACUUACAUAGAGCGAAGAUGUUUCUAUAGAAACCAAAUCAGCUGAGAUACUUGGCAGCAACCAUUGGGCCUUUGGCCUUUGCUCUGAUUGGGUGAAAUCCCCUGCCUUUCUGCAAUAAAGCAGCGAAUUUUCAGCAAAGUACCCCGGGUCAUCUUCACAAGGCUUCAGAAGAUAUUUCUGUCCUCUCGGACUGGAUGGAUGUGUUAAUCCUGUGCUAGUCCACGUCUGGUGACAUCCUACACCUGGCCUCGGGAUUGAGCCAGCUCUGCCUCACGAGUUGAGGAGCCUCCUCCAGCUGACUGAGGGCAUAAACUCAACACAUGCAAGCCCUGGUCAACCAGUGCCUUCUUUCCCUGACCCCCCUCACCAUCCCUGGAAUGAGGUGACAUCACUCUGUUCUUCUACCACUGUGUCAGCGUUAACUCUGUUCCCUCACCCUGCUUCUUGCACAGAACACAUUCCUCAGCGCCAACCUACCCGUAAAUGAGAAAUUCCCAUGAUGUAAAUGUUAAAUGUCAAAGUUGCUGGUGAACGCAGCAGGCCAAGCAGCAUCUAUAGGAAGAG